CUCGUAUAGUCUCUGACGACUCCUCGGACAGCGGCGAUGAUGCAGCAAGUGCUGGUGAAGAGGAGAAUGACGACAGCGGCAAUCCUGCGGACAGCUCGAUUGCCCAUCGCGCACCCCGACCGCAUGUCCCCUCCGAAAAUGAGCGAUCCCACGGAGAUGAGUCGGACGAGCGUGUGUCGGAUGCGGAUGAGCAAGAUGCACGGCAAUCCGGGGAGGAUCGCUCAGAAAGGAACGACUCGGACGGCAAUCGAUCCGGUGCGGAGGUCCGCGACGAUGGGAACGAAGCAGACGACCAGCCCGGCUCUCAAAACGGGAAUGCCGCGGACGAGGCCGAGGAGGCUCAGGAAGCACCCGAGCGGAGGAUUGUUAAGAAACGCAUCGUAAAGAAUCCACAGCCGAAAUUGGACGCGACUCGGCUCACCGGAGAACGGGGUCUCGGACGGCUAAGGAAUUUGCACUCGCAAAUACGCAUGAAAGGUUGU